UUGGAUCAAUCACACUCAUCAUACCUAUGCUAUGUAAAAUGUAUACAAACUGUACCAACGACAACUCGUUUCUAUGAUUGUGUGUAUUUUGCACCACCCCACAACGCCUCUGCCUUUUUAUCUCUCUCUCACAUCCCCACAUUUUUCUUGCAUUCUCUCUCACCGCCGGUCACUGUUUUCUCCGAUUCCGGAGGAUCUAUGACCGGUCCACUAAUUAUUUCUACGACCCUUUUCGUUUAUUGCCUUGAAAACCCCGGAAAGUUCGAGAUUGACCCUGAAAUUAUUGAAGAUCGAAGCAUUUUUGUUCGAUACUCUUUGUAAUGUGUUUGUGAUUGCAUUGAGGGGGCGGAAAUCUUGUGUUAAAUCUUCACAGAAGUUGCUCAUUUGCGUUUAGAUUUGAGAUUUUAUUCCAUUAUUUUUUCUAGAGUAAAUCCAUCCCCACAAUCACAAGGGAAAUACAUUUUGGGAUCGUACAUUUGGUCUUGAAAACGAAAAGGACGAAGUUUCAAGCACAAUCGGAGAAUUAAAGUGUGUGUAAUUGAUGUGUAGAAUAGAGAGUAAUAAGACGAGGAAAAGGUGGGCAAUGGGGUUAAAAUCGGCGGCGUUUGGUGGAGAUAGAUUGGAGAAGUUGAGGAAUAGUGGAAUGGUAUCAAGGUCAAGAAUGAAGCUAUGGAUGAUAAGGGCUACGACGUCGGUUUUGCUAUGGACUUGCUUGGUUCAGUUGACGGCACUGGGUGAGUCUUGGGGGCCUAGAGUGUUAAAGGGAUGGCCCUCUUGUUUUUCUCAAGAAUCGGCCACCGCGGGUGGGGGCGGGGCAGUGGAUGCUGCCUUGGAUGUUAAAUCCUCGCCGGAGCUUCCCACUAGAGUUUUACCUCCAAAGAGAGUUUACAAGAACAAUGGUUAUCUGAUGGUUUCAUGCAACGGAGGGCUCAAUCAAAUGCGGGCAGCGAUAUGUGACAUGGUUGCAAUUGCUAGACAUUUGAAUGUUACAUUGAUAGUUCCAGAACUGGAUAAGACUUCAUUUUGGAACGAUCCAAGUGAGUUCCAUGACAUAUUUGAUGUUGAUCAUUUCAUUACUUCCUUGAGAGACGAAGUGCGGAUAUUAAAGGAACCACCUCCAAGGGUCAAGAGGAGAGUCGAGCUAGGAAUGAUAUAUACUAUGCCCCCUAUUAGUUGGUCGGAUAUUUCUUACUAUCAGAAUCAGAUUCUUCCCUUAAUUCAGAAGUAUAAAGUUGUACAUUUGAACAGAACCGAUGCUCGGCUUGCCAAUAAUGCUCAACCCAUGGAGGUUCAGAAGCUCCGUUGCCGAGUAAACUUUAGUGCUUUGAGAUUUACUCCUCAGAUAGAAGAAUUGGGUAGAAAAGUCAUCAAAAUACUUAGGCAAAACGGUCCUUUCAUAGUACUUCAUCUCAGAUACGAAAUGGACAUGUUGGCCUUUUCUGGCUGUACUCAGGGCUGCAACAAGGAGGAGACGGAAGAAUUAACAAGAAUGAGAUAUGCGUACCCCUGGUGGAAAGAGAAGAUCAUAAAUUCCGACUUGAAAAGAAAAUACGGCUUGUGUCCUUUGACGCCUGAGGAAACUGCUCUCACAUUAAGGGCAUUAGACAUUGAUAAUAAUAUCCAGGUUUACAUUGCUGCCGGAGAAAUAUAUGGCAGAGAAAGAAGAAUGGCAAGUCUUAGAGCAGCUUAUCCAAAUAUGGUCCGGAAGGAGACUCUAUUAGAGCCUUCAGACCUUAGAUUCUUUCAGAAUUACUCAUCUCAAAUGGCUGCACUCGAUUACCUUGUUUCAUUGGAGAGCGAUAUCUUUGUUCCUACAUACGAUGGAAAUAUGGCUAAAGUUGUUGAAGGCCAUCGCAGAUAUCUUGGGUACAAGAAAACAAUUUUGUUGGACAGAAGGCUUCUAGUUAAUUUAGUAGACCAGUAUAAUACUGGUUCACUUACUUGGGAUGAGUUCUCUACUGCUGUUAAGGAUGCUCAUGCAGAACGCAUGGGGAACCCUACGAAAAGGUCAGUUAUUCUCGACAGACCUAAAGAAGAAGAUUAUUUCUAUUCCAAUCCAUGGGAGUGUUUGCAAACGUUGGAUGAAGACGAAUCACUGAGUAGCAUAUGAAACUUGUUGCUCGUAGAUUGCUUAUAUUACUUGCAGUCGUGUAAUGGAGCAAUCCUCGACUCGGCCAUAGCGAGUGAAAGAGGAUUUUGUUUCAAGGAGGCUGUGGUGAAGGUUAGACGAGGUGGUGCACUUUAAGGAAGCCAAAGAGAAUAAGAAGCCACCGGUGCACAUUUACUUUUUUAGAUAUAAGUUAAUAGUACAGUUCCUGUAUAGAAGCUACCCUUCCAUCAAAGUAUUACAUCGACUCAUCCGUGUAUACAGAGGAAAUAAUCAAUUUACAAAGGUUAAGCUUAUGUCCUCCUCCUCUCUUCUUUUUCCCGUGUUUCAUUUCUUGAUUUUCGGAUUGUUCCCGAGUUCUUGAACAUAAACAUACAUUUAUAUAUUCGAAUUUUUUUUUAUUUUUUU